AUGGCUUUGUUUACAUGUUUUGACGAUCUACCCGAUCUGGUACUUAUCGAGCUCUUCACAUAUCUGUCAUCUAUCGACAUAUUAUGGGGAUUUACUCGUCUUAACAAUCAUCUGACAAUGUUAAUAGAUGAACGACGUUUCUUUCAUCAUGUUAACUUAUCGCUUGCACAUUAUCAUCAAUUUAAUACAAUUUUUCGGUUUCUUCCAUUGAAUAAUAUUGAAUCACUUGCAAUCGAUACUAAUGGAUCUUCACUUCAAUUAACUCAUUGGCCCCAUUUGUCUCGUUUGAGAACUCUGCGUAUCGCUACUGCAUACGAUCUUGAUGAUCUUUCGAUCUUUCUUUUGCGUCAUGCAGCUACACUUACUCAUCUUAUCAUCAAAUCAAAUGAAAGACUGAUUCCAGAUGGUUUUACGAUUAACUCCGAAUAUACAAUCGCGUAUAUUGCGACAUUAAUAGAAGAGAUUCUUUUUACCCGUUUGCCUGCACUUCAAUCACUUGAUUUGGGUAUGAAUAAUUAUGGAACAUGUUGGCCUUUUACUACUGCAGUAGUUCCACUUACUUAUUUGCGUAUUGAUUUACCGUGUAUAGAUACUUUGGUUCGUUUUAUAUCGACACCACCACUCUGCGACACAUUACGUCAAUUACAUGUUCACUUGGGUAACGCUAAUUUUGCUAUAUCGACAUUUAAUCUAUCGAUUCAAAUGAUUCAUUUACAUACAUUCACUUUUGCUCAAACAUUUUUUUCGGAGUUAACAACUAAAUGGAGCAUUUUCGAAAUGCUGACAUCUUCGAAUGUUAUGCCUGUUCUUCGACGUCUUAAUAUGUCCCUUUUUAUUAAUAUGAAUGAUUUAAAUCACAUUGGUUCAUCACCACUUUUUACUGAUCCUCGUCAUAUUGAUGUUCAUUUUGCUUUUAAUCUUAUUAAUUGUCCACAAUACAUUGGAAUGACACAAUACAUACCACGUGGUAGUAGUUUUCAUCCACGAAAAAUAAUUGGUGUAACCUUUGUUGUUAAACACUGGUCGAGUAGAUCCGAAUGGCACACUAACAGUGAUCCUUUUAGUCGUGGACGUCGAUAUCAUCAUCAUGUGUGGUAUACUCUUCCGUGGGCAUUUGAUGAAUUCUUUCACGACUAUCUUCCAGAGAAAUGUAUCACGAAAAUAGAAGUAUUCGAACAACCUUCUCACAAUCACAAUACUACGAAAAUUAAUCAAUCGUCUCUUCGUACAUUAGAUGCAUGCGGUCAAACUUUAGCAUUACUUAUAUACUCUUUGCCUCAUGUAGUACUAUCUGAUUAUAUUGAAACGUUUCACCUGUCCUAUUAUAAUAGACCUAUUCGUAUACAUUUAUCUGCUCUUCACACUAUAACUCUCGUGAAUAGUAUCAAAUGUCUGAAUAAACGUUCUUUUUUUCCACCAACUAUUCGUUCUAUUCGUAUUUUACUUUUUUAUAAUUAUCCUAACUAUAAGUUACCAAACUGGCCAGUAGUUUUGGAUUCACUUUCAAAGUUUCCACAAUUGAAUUCGUUACAUGUAUUUAUGUAUGAUUUACCAAAAACUAUCGACGAUAGAAGUUGUAAAGUGAUCGCACGAAUAGCACCAUUAUUCAACGAUUUUGCCUUUUGCUUUCGAUAUAAAUUCGGCAUCUUAGAAGGUGAUGAACUCGAAGCUGUAUUUAAAGAUCAUGGAAUAUUCAUUAGACAAUUAUGUCAUUAUAUUCUAUCAUUACCUUUUGAUAAAGAACCUUAUUAUUCAAUUGAAACGGAAGGUUAUGGACUUAAGAUCUGGUUUUAA